AUGCCUGAGCAUCUCAAGCCUUCACAACCACAAUCGCACACCCAAAAGCUCCGCGGCGAUGCCCUCCGCCGUCUCUCGCGAUCGCCUCAUCCCUACCACAGACAGAAAGUCGACAGUCCGCAAGCCUUGGAAAGAUUCAGCUCCUAUGCACCGCCCACGCAAUCGCCCCUGCGCUCGAGACACAAUACAGACGAUGAAGACCAAUACAUCAGAGCCUACUCACCGGGCUAUAAUGCGUCUACGAAUAGCGAUAGUGGGACGGAGGCGGACGAUGAGCAUUUCUUGAAGGGACUUCCUGCGCCGAAGAUCAGGCCUCAUAAGGGCCUCAGAGCAUUAGAUGGAAGUUUGUCUGGCUCGCCGAGUCCGCUCUUGUCGCCCGCUCUACUGGAUGGUGAUACGCAGAAAGAGGGUUACUUGAAUCGGGCAACACUGCCGAGUACCAGUCUGAAAGAGUUUGAUGCGCAGAAAAUUGCAGAGAAGUUGAGGCAUAAGCGGAGGGUGGAGGUUAUAAGGAGGGUUACGGAGGCUGGGAUUCUGGCUGCUGUUGCUGGGCUACUGUGUCUGAAUCCCGAAGUGCGGCAGCUCAUCUGGCUAUGGAGAAGGGAAUUGGCUUGCCAGUCUGUCAUUGUGGUUUCUCUCAUAUCCAUAUACCCAUUCCGAUUACUACGGCAUAUAAACCCUGCACAACCAUGGAAGAGGCCAUUUCCAAUAACAAUACCCGCGGCUUUCGAUCCAGCCCUACUUCCCGCAGAGCUCCAAUUAUUAUCAGUAGCGUUAAUACAAUUAUUGCUAUUGGGAUCAUCGCCCCAAGCUGUUAUCCUGAAAGCUGUUAUUUGGGGGGCCGGAAUUGGAAUACUGGUCACUUGCACACGCGUGCUUAGAUGGGGUUUAGCACUUGCUCGAGUUCCAAAAUGGCGUUUCAGACGAGCUGGCAAUACAGCCAAGCCGAAGCAAACCUGGACAAAGCACACUCAUAAAUCAUCUUUAUUUGGGGCACUAGGAUCUUCUCUCUUCACAAAAGACUCAGCAGUCAGUGACUCGAGCGACGAAGAUGACCCAAAACGAUGGACUAGACAGCAAUCACGCUCUUCUACGCUUCGAAUGAAAACUCAAGCCACCAUCUCGGAGCAUAAUGGGGCGGCCGAGAAUGGCUCAGUCUCCGCUAUUGAUCCAAAGUCGAAAGAUCAGUUCAUGGACGGCGAAUUAUCCUUCGCAGCACACAGGCAGAGGAGGCAUUCUCUACCUACUGCAGUCAAUCUGCCUUCGAGAUCGAGCAAAAGAACACCGUCAGGUCGUAGGAAACGAUCUGCUUCUUCGAGCGUUCAGUCCUUCUUUUCCCUUACACAGGCUCAAGCUAGUCUACGAAAGUGGCUCUAUGCAGGCUACGUCUAUGUCUGUGUACUGGCUAUUAUUCUCGUUGGAGUAAGAGAAUACGUCCAGCGGUAUGCACUGCAUGGACAUGAACCGCUAGGUUGGGCAUUGGGCUACCUCUUUGGAGACCUUCCCUGGUUCAGAAUGGAAGUCGUCAAGGCAAAUCUCCAAAGAUGGAUUCCCCUCCCUACCCGGAGUGAGAAUGAUAAAGCAUCCUGCCAUCUGGGUUGGGUCGAGCACUUACGGCACUCCUCUUUUGGGGAAGCCAAUACCCGUUUGAUACUCUGCGGCUACUGGCUAGGAAUAAUCAUCGUCGGCCUCCUAGUAGUUUUUCGCCUAUCAGCCGUCUACGAAGUCGACACUCGACGAAAAGUGUUCCAUUUUAUGAUGGUCGCCAUGCUCCUGCCCGCCACCUUUGUGGACCCCGCCUUCGCCGCCCUAGCACUGAGUCUCAUGCUCGCCAUCUUCCUCCUCCUCGACCUCUUCCGCGCCACCCAGCUCCCGCCAUUAUCGAAACACUUGGCGUACUUCCUAACGCCCUAUGUAGAUGGAAGGGACCUUAAAGGUCCCGUGGUUAUAUCACACAUCUUCCUCCUCAUCGGCUGUGCCAUCCCGCUCUGGCUAUCUCUCGGCUCCCUCCCGCGGACCCCCGACAGUGCUGGCUGGGAAGUGCCCACGCGCGAGGUCAGCAUGGUCAGCGGGGUCAUCUGCGUUGGCAUGGGGGACGCAGCUGCUUCUUUAAUCGGCCGGCGCUACGGCCGGCGCAAAUGGGUCUGGGGUGGGGGCAAAAGUAUCGAAGGCAGUAUCGCGUUUGCUACCGCUGUUACCAUCACUCUGGUCCUGGCCAAAGCCUGGAUUAAGAUUGGUGGCUGGCAGGCUAAUAACAACGAUAGCUGGAUCGUGACGGUGGGUAAGGCGGGCGUCGCGGCUUGGGUUGCUAGUCUGACGGAGGCGGUGCUGACGGGUGGGAAUGACAAUGUUGUUGUUCCUGUUGUGCUUUGGCUGAGUGUCAAGGGCUUAGAUAUUUAG